CUCAACUCAAGGGAUAUAUGCUAGUAUCAUCCAGUCAUCAAACCCCACCUUCAGCCCACCAGCCUACCUUUUAUUUGAACACAAGAAGCCCACCCAUUUAGUAUAAAGUUCUGUUUUUGAAAGCAUAUACUAUUCGUUUUCAUUGAAGAAGCAAGACGACCCCAACAAAACCUUCCAUUACUGAAGCUAUACAUUCUCCACCAUUUUUCAUUAUUCGACGCCGGCGUCGGGUUAUUUCAGGAUCAGUGAAUUCCUCCUUGCCUCGAGAUUGGUCCAAGUAAGUCUAGCCAAAACGUUACUGAUAAAACUAAAUUGGUGUGAGUUCAGUGUAUCAUUUUUUCCUACUUAGAAAUUGGGUGAAUUUUAAAGUGGCGAUUGUCGGGCCAAUCGUUAAGCGAGUUUUCCAAUUGUGAUCAAGCUUAGGAGAUGGUCAUGUCUUGAUAAAAUCUGUUCAUUUUUUGGGAGAGAGGUAUUGCAGAAAUUGGAAGAAAGACAAUGAUCAAAUGGCCGAAACAAAUCACAGCAACUCUAGUUGAACAGUUGAUUAAAGCAGAAAAAGACUUACAGAAAGCUGUACUUAUAUUUGAUGCUGCAACGGGGGAGUACACUAAUGGGUUUCGGCAUGAUCUCAGCACUUUCGGUCUAAUGAUCUCCAGAUUCGUCUCUGUGAACCAAUUCAGAGCAGCUGAGGAUAUGCUGAAUAGAAUGAAGGAUGAAAAAUGUAACAUCACAGAAGAUAUUUUUCUUUCCAUUUGUAGAGGUUAUGGCCGGGUUCACAAACCGCUUGAGGCGAUUAGGGUUUUCCAGAGGAUGAAAGAAUAUGAUUGUGAACCUACCCACAAAUCCUACAUUACAGUCUUUUCCAUUCUUGCUGAUGAAAACCAGUUAAAGUUGGCUUUGAGAUUUUAUAGGUAUAUGAGAGAAUUGGGUAUUCCUCCAAGUGUUACUUCCCUCAAUGUUUUGAUCAAAGCGCUUUGCAAGAACAGUGGAACAAUGGAUGCUGCUCUUCGAAUUUUCCGCGAGAUGCCUAAUCGCGGGUGUAUUCCCGAUUCCUACACGUAUGGUACUUUGAUUAAUGGGUUGUGUAGAUUUGAAAAGAUUAGUGAGGCAAAGGAGCUUUUCAUGGAGAUGUCUGAUAAAGGUUGUUCACCAACUGUUGUCACCUAUACUUCUUUAAUUCAUGGUUUAUGCCAAUCAAAUAAUCUGGACGAGGCUAUGGGGCUGCUUGAAGAGAUGAAGAGCAAAGGUAUUGAGCCCAAUGUGUUUACUUACAGCUCCCUCAUGGACGGACUUUGCAAGGGUGGAUGCAGUUCACAAGCCAUGGCACUUUUGGAAAUAAUGCUUAGCAAACGCCAUAAGCCUAACAUGGUAACAUAUAGUACUUUAAUUCAUGGACUCUGUAAAGAGGGAAAACUUAGAGAAGCUUUAGAGAUUCUUGAUAGGAUGAAGCUACAGGGAUUGAAGCCAGAUGCAGGAUUAUACUCCAAAAUCAUAAAUGGCUUUUGUGAUGUACACAAGUUCCAGAAAGCUGCGAAUUUCCUUGAUGAGAUGGUGCUUGAGGGGAUCUCACCAAAUCGACUAACAUGGAGCCUCCAUGUUAGAAUUCACAAUACUGUGGUCCAAGGCCUUUUAUCAGAAAUUGAUCCAAAUCGGGCUUUUCAGUUGUAUCUAAGCAUGCGUACUAGGGGCCUUUCUGUUGAGGCCAAAACUUUUGAUUCUCUUGUCCAUUGUUUUUGCAAGAAAGGAGACCUUCAUAAAGCAGCACGCAUAUUUGAAGAGAUGGUGGUUGAUGGGUGUAUCCCUGAUGAGGGAACAUGGACUGCUAUUGUGAGUGGACUUUGGGAUCGAAAGAAGGUGCGGGAAGCUGCUGAGUCAAUACAGAUUGAAGUGAUUGGUAAUGUUUUUUAGGCUGCAAUAUAAAUCAUUCGCUGAGAUUAAGCAUGGGCUACCUUCAUGGGGGAAGAUUAUUGUUCAAUCUCAGAGAGAACCAAAAGAGGGAGAAUGAGGGGUUAUCUCGGAAAAGCAGAGUUGUACAAUCAAAAGCACAUAGAAUUUUCUUGCACCAAGUUAUGAAGAUGAGAUUGUUGGCAGUCAGCGAGGGGGAAGCCAAUUCCAUGAAGUUGGGUUGGGAAGUGAACAAAUAGCAUAAUGCACAUGAGCCCGAUUCUGACUAGUAGUGCUGUGAGGAGCUCUUUGAUCUUUUAUGAUGGUGUUUGGUGGAAGCAUGUCACAACAUUUUGAUCAAGCAGUGCAACAGCUGUAAAGAUCAUCAAUAUUGAAAUGAAGGCAUGUGUGAAGUCUACAAAAGUUCAGCCCGUACAUAGAAGCAUCUUAAGUUGAGCCAUCAAUGACCCACGAGCCGAGGAACAUUGCCAACUGGUGACAAUAUAUUCCUUGUCAUCCUUUAGGUUGUGUUUGGAUCACAAAUUUAUGUGGGGAAUGGAAAAGAUGAAAAGAUAACAAAUUGACGAAACUAUAUUUUUGUCCGUGGUUGUCAUGUAUAUAGGGGCGGAUUCAGUUAAGGCACAAGAGGUCAUGUGACUAUCCUGAAAUUAUCAGGAUUUUUGUGUGUGAAUUAAAACAGAUAGUAAUAUAUACUGUAUUAAACUGCCCAAUAUAGAGAAAGAUUGACGU